AUGGUUAUCGUGAUGGGCUAUGCAUUCCACAAGCAGCAUACAUCUCCCGAUAUGGAUGCGAUCACUAGUAUCACAGCAAGCCCCGAGUCUCCCAUGCGCACCCGAGCCCAGAUGCCUCUGACCGAGGAAAAGCAGACGUCAACCCCGGAGUCUGUCUCCGACGAGAUAAUGCAAUCGCAACCGGUCACGACUUGGAGAAAUGAGUUCAUCAACUACCUGGAGUCGCGCACCAUCGAGCACAUGGAUUUCGAGCACGCGCGAGAAGGCAUACAAAUCGCGAUAGUCGCCAACACAAUCUUCUUUUUCGAUACAGUCGUCCUAGUACUCCUCACAUUAUUCGGCACCAGCUACGUAUACAGCAAGCCCUUCUUCAAUGGCUGGAUGCUAGUAUCGUUUAUCUGA